AUGGCAUGGCUGAAGCAUGAAGAUGUACCUAUUAUUAGGGGUUUGCCGGCAUCAACAGGGAUGAAGAAUGCCGUUAACAUGGUUACCAUGAGGAUCUCCAUCGCGCCUACAUCGAAUACUUCCGUCGCAUGGUCGCACACUUGCACAGUCGAAAAACAGAGUUUAUAUUCACCAGUUUAG